UUAUAUCUAAAAAUAUCUUUGUUUAGAUACAAGAAGCAUUAGUUUUGUAACACAAGUAUUUGAUAUUUUUCUUCUAAUUGAGUGUUAGCCUCGGUCAUUUCUUUAAGGUCUAAAGUUGCCAUGUAAUUAAUAAAGUCACACGUUUCCUUCUUCAAUGCCAAGACUCAAGAAGAUCCAAUAGCUGGUGGCCCACUUGGACGUUAAGUUAGCCCAAUUUUAUUUGUCUUUAGUAAUAAAUAGCUACGUUUCUCUUAGGUCUUUUGUUAAUUGGUUUCUCUAGGUCUUACUUAAUAUACAAGUUUUAACAUAUCUCUUUCUUCGUUUGAUCUGCAAUCAUGAAUUCAAGUUCCAUAACGAAUGAUCUCAUCCUGGAGAUAUUGUCGAGAUUGCCUUUAAAGUCAGUCGCGAGGUUUCGUUGCGUGUCGAAGCGAUGGGCAUCAAAUCUUGGUAGUCCAUAUUUCAAGGAGUUGUUCCUGACCAGGUCCUUGGCUAAGCCACGCCUCUUAUUUGCCAUCGCAGAAAAAAGCAACAAAGAAGAAGAAGAAGAAGAUUGUGUGUGGAGCUUCUUCACGUCGCCUCAGCUUGAGAAUUCAUAUGAGAAAUCCUCGUCGACUCUUGUAGCUGCCGCUGAAUUUUAUGUGAGAUUCUCUCCAGACAAUCUAUGGAUCAGUCAUUUUUAUGACCUAAAAUAUUUUUCAAUUGGCUACGCCGCUGGCUUGCUCUAUUUAUAUGGUAAUAGAUACCAGGCUAGACCUGUGAUAUGUAACCCCAUCACAGGACGGUAUGCGAUCUGACCUAAUCGGUAUACUUACAGAAAGGCGUAUAGCUUUUUCGGGUUUGACCCGAUUGACAAGUAAUACAAGGUAUUGUCCAUGGUUUAUCCAUCUGGUCCUGGUGAUAGUAAAAUUCUUACAUUUGGAGAUGGAGAUUUGAGGUGGAGAGAGAUAAAAUGUCCCGUACGAUAUGAUCGACAUGAUAUUAUGAGUGAAGGGAUAUGCAUCAAUGGAGUUUUGUAUUACUUAGGCAGCCCGAAUGAUGAAAUAUCUGAUUAUGUGAUAGUUUGCUUUGAUGUUAGGUCUGAGAAAUUCACCUUUAUUGACGUAGAAAGGUUUUGUCGAUUGAUCAACUAUAAGGGAAAAUUAGCUGUGAUUUAUUGGGAGGAUGAUGUCGACAUUUAUGAGCUUUAUUAUCAGGAGGGUAUAGAUGUCGACAAAUAUGUGGAGGAGAAUCUAGAAGCUGAUGCCAUUAAUGAGUUGCGUUUGUGGAUUCUAGAGGAUGUUGAGAAACAAGAAUGGUCGAAAUAUGCCUAUACUUGGACCGAUGAUAAAUUCUUCCGUCGUCUCGUUUCCAUUGGUGGAGUGACUGCCUCGGGUGAGGUAGUGUUUUCGAUGCGCAAGUAUACAACAAAACAACCGUUUUAUGUUUUUUACUUCAAUCUCGAAAGGAACACUCUCCAACGUGUUGAAAUCAAAGGUUUUGGUGAAGCGUUUAAGGAAAAUUGUAGAGUUUGCACCUUUGUAAACCACGCAGAGGAUCUUAAUGUUAACGAUUUAAAACAACUCAAGUCAGUCCAUCCUCCAUUGGUGGAUAAAUAAGAUUCAGAAUCAGACUAGAAGGGACAAGGAGAUGAAGGAUAAAGACGAUCAUUGGAGUUAGGUGAAAGCAAUGGGCAUGUCAUUUUGUGCUCUUACCUAUGCGUUUUUUUUUUAAAUCAACAUUAUCUAUUGUACUGUUUUUUUUUCUCUCUUGAACGAGCUUUAUACAUCUAUCCUUCAUUUUGUUUGGUCUCAAGAACAAGGUUUUGCAGUUUCUCUUAGUUCUAUGUCUGAAUCUGAGUAUCUAUGCUUUAAUUUUCAACAUUGUUUCUUCUGGAUGAUAUCUAUCCCCUGUUCUGUUUCAACAUCUUGUUGUAUUUGUCGUUUUUGUGUGAGGGGACUAAUUUAUUUCAUGAUGACACUUUGGACUCCAAUACUUAAAUGGGAUCUGUAUUUGUAAAAAUGUUCACCUUCAAUUCUACCAUCAUGCAAUUUCUUGUUAGCUUAGUUUUGAAAGGUUGAAACUUUUGGUUCUCUGUAACAAUGGGUCUUGUAAGCUGUCUUUGAAAGAUGGAACAUUCUCGUUAACAGUCUAUAUGGGUCUUAGGCUUUGUUGCUUCUCUAAGUUUUUUGUUUGAACUUGAGGAUCUAUGCUUUUAGAUGAGAUCUGUCCCCUGUUCUUCUUCAACAUCUUGUUGAUUUUGUCAAUUGUGUCUAAUAUAUGAUAGACAUGGAGUCUACUAUUCAGGCUUUUGUUAACACAGUUAUUUUAAUAACAUAAAAACAGGUAGGUGAUGACUUGGACGGACACAAUUGUAUAGCAACAUAACAAUUAUGAUAUCAGAUGAUAACCCCAAAAAUACGAAUGGGUUUCUUAUAAACGUCAUCCUAAGAAAAGAUUGGUGAUAUCAAAUCAGACAUGUCAAACGUGAGCUUUCUUGAGUUGCAGUACAAGCUCUCCAAGAACAAGAUGUUGAGGAAGCCUUCAAGGAUUGAGAGCUGUUGAUGCAGAUAGUGAUGGAUUGGUUAAUAUGGAAGAGUUCAUGAGAAUGUUGUCUUCGAACAGUGGCUGAACAGAUCUCUCUCUGUUAUUGUAAUCUCUCAACGGGCUUGACAACCUGUUUCUUCCAAAGGUUAGCUCAUGAAUCUCGCUCUGUGAGUUUGAAUGCUCAUGUGGUUUGCAGUUUUGUUUCAGUUAAUUGGAUAUGUGAUAUGGGAGCUAUGGAGAAAGAAGUGCUAUGAUGAGUCCGAGACAGUUAAUUGGAUAACCAAAUGUCACAAGCUCGUUGAAAAAGAAUGGUGGAUGCGCAAUCUCGUGACUUGUAUUUGUAGACAAUCUUUUUGGUAAGAAUUUUAUAGCCUUGUUUCUCCACUUUCCUUGAUAAAUAUUAGAUAUACAAACAUUCUUAACAGGUUACUAGUUUUUAGUAUUCUUGUGCCACCGUAUCAUUCAACAAACUUGUGUGAAUCAACGAAAGAAGAAACGAUCCAUUACGACAGAUCCUCAAAAGAAUAUUUAUACUAAUGGUAAAAAAGUAGCAAACCCAAAAAA